AUGGCCGACGAUUACGGCCAAUCCAGGCAAGACGGCGCCUCUAGCGACCGUGUGUCGUCCAGGAUGGCUAACCCGGAGGGCAGCAGUGCGAGUCGGCCCAGCAGCGCGCGAGCCCCGGAUCGAGAUGGCCAGAGGUCAAGAGGAGCCCAACCGCCGCCGCCGCCCGCUGUCGGCGCUCAAGCGUCGUCCAGCAGCGCGCGGCCUGCAGUGGACUCGCAGCAGCAGCCACAGCAAUCACAACCGCAACAGGGCCUCAAACCCCCCCAGCGGAAGGGCAUGGGCCGCCGAACGACAUCUACCAAUCGCCUCCACCGCGGUCAAGAAUUCUCCGUCGACGACGCCGAGGACGAGGUCGACGAGAUGAUCCAGCAGAAGCAAGCGAGAACCACUGGGUCGUUGCGCCGUGUGCCCUCGACUUUGCGCCGCCGGCCUGCCGCCCAGACGCCUGUUCUUGGGAAGGUCGACUCCACUGACGACGAAGACGCUGGACAAGAAAGCAUCCCCGACCUACGGACCUCCGGGGACCUGCAGCCGGCCGGCUCCUCUGGCGACGACACCAUCCGUGCCGACGAGGAAGAAGAGGACGUCGAGCUUGACCAUGGCGACGACGAUGCCGAUCUUAGCGAUGCCGAGAGCUUCACUUUGAAGGACAGGCAGGAGGCCAUCAACGAGACCCAUCCCUUUGGUAUUAGGAUCUGGAAGCCCGCUUUGUAUAAGAAGAAUCGGUCAGUUCAAAAGACGGCAGAAGGAGAUAUCCACUCGACUCCUGGAGGCUUCGUCAGCCCAUGGCUUGUUCUAUUCAACUUCCUCUGGACCCUCGUCUUCGGCUGGUGGCUUGCCGCAAUUGCGGCCGCGGGUGCGUUGAUCUGCUUCUUGCUUGGCUGCGCUGAUGGAUCUAUGGCAUACGGCAGAACCUUCUGGGGUCUCGCCAAGUAUCUCUUCUACCCAUUUGGCAAGUUUGUCAAGUUCAUACAAGAGGAGGCAUACCUGGAAGAAGACGAGGGAGAAGGCCGCAGUAUCAGUGAGUACGAGCAGUGGCAGAGCGGGGAUAUUGAGGAGGGUCGCCUUUUCUUUGGACCUUCGUCUAACCGGGGCUUGGUUGGACGGCACCGCAACAGCAUCGAUUCUUCCGAUGAGACCCAAAGCCUUCUGGGCCGCCCCAGUCGGGGGAGCAACGCAGAUUCUGGCCAUGGCGUAAACACCAAACGGAGACUCUUCGGCCGAGGGAAAUGGACCGUGGGCAGAGUCGUCUUCUUCCUCGUCUUUUACGGUCUUCUGACACCUUCUCUUUUCCUGGUCUCCGGCAUUUGUUGGCUUCUGGUCUUCACGAUUCCAAUGGGCAGAGUGACAUAUCUCUUGUUUGACCAUCUGCGGCGGCACCCACUGGCUCUAUCAUUCCACUCUGAUAUCAACGAUAUCCGCCGGGCGGACGAGCCGGCUUCAUCCAUCCUGCUCUGCACGUACAGGGCGGUGGGUAUCAAGUACUGGAAGUACACUAUCGAUGGAACCAACAUUUUCCUCAUCAACCUUCUCGGUGUCGUCGCUUUCGUCAUCUUCGAUUACUUUGUCCUUGACGAGGCUCUGGGCCUGGAGAUCGCCCUGACGAACCAGUUCUUGCUCUUCACCCUUGCUCUGUUCUCCAUCAUUCCACUGGCAUAUUUUAUCGGCCAGGCCGUUGCAUCCAUUUCGGCCCAGUCGUCCAUGGGAGUUGGUGCAACCAUCAACGCAUUCUUCUCGACGGUUGUGGAGGUCUUCCUCUAUUGCGUUGCGCUCAAAGAAGGCAAAGCACAGCUUGUGGAAGGCAGUAUCAUCGGCAGCAUUUUUGCGGGUGUUCUUUUCCUCCCUGGUCUUUCCAUGUGCUUUGGCGCUUUGAAGCGGAAGACGCAGCGUUUCAAUGUCAAGUCCGCAGGUGUCACGUCAACUAUGCUUUUGUUUGCUGUCAUCGGUGUGUUUGGUCCGACGCUGUUCUACCAGAUCUACGGAAGUCACGAACUCAACUGCCGCGAUUGCCGACAUGGAGGGUCGACAUUGGAGAAUGAACGCGACUGCCGUCGAUGCUACUUCGACCAAUCUCCUGCUGUCCACGACCGUUUCUACUUACAAGCUGUCCGGCCCUUUGUCUGGUUUGCCUCGAUUACCCUCUUCCUUUCUUAUGCCAUUGGCCUCCUCUUCACGCUCCGCACCCACGCCGCCGUGAUCUGGAGCUCUGAAGUGGAUGAGAAGAAGGUGGAAAAGAUGGACAUGGCAGCCACCCAUCUCGCUGGUUCCGGCCAACUACACUCUCAGCAACUUCCCGGUGGUGCUGCUGGUGGUGGCGAUCAGGUUCCUUCUUACGGCACGCUCAGCAAAUCUGAUCAGAACAUUCGCGAGUCAGCCUUGUACAAGCGCAUUCUGGGCCAGUCUCUUAAGCAAGCCGGCCUAUCUCCCAGCGGGGAGAUUGCAGAGCGAGCAAAGUCUUCACACAGUACGGACUCAUACAUACCGCACAUCAUACCACCGCAGGAUGGGGAUGACCAUCACCACGAUGGCCGCAGUCAGCGCAGCCUCAACAUCCACGGCAUGUCGGAAGAUGAGAAUAACCAACUGGUUCGCCAAGUCGCCGAAAUGGCAGCAACUGCUGCUGCUGUUGCUGCUCGGGACGCCUCAGCCAAGCACCACCCUCGGCGGGUCUCGCAAGCUAACCUUGCUGCAUCUACUCACUCUGAGCGCCCGAAUCUCCACAGGACAGGCACCGCUGGCGAAGAAAUUGAUGACGGGCAUACGGCUACUGGUCACGGCGGCGGACACGACGCGCCUAACUGGAGUCGGACGAAAUCAGCAGUUAUUCUUCUGACGGCCACGAUUGCGUAUGCCAUCAUUGCUGAAAUCCUUGUCAACACAGUCGAUGCGGUUUUGGAGAACGUGGAUAUCGAUGAAAAAUUCCUCGGCAUCACCUUGUUCGCUCUCGUCCCGAACACUACUGAAUUCUUGAACGCCAUUUCCUUCGCCAUGAACGGCAACAUUGCUCUUUCGAUGGAGAUUGGGUCCGCGUACGCGCUUCAGGUCUGCCUGCUCCAGAUCCCGGCCCUCGUGCUCUACAGCGCAAUUGAGGGUCGCUUCAUCGACCCGGAAAAUGUUCUUGGCCACACAUUCACCCUAAUUUUCCCUCAAUGGGACAUGGUUACUGUAAUUCUAUGCGUUUUCCUGCUGUCCUACAUGUAUGGUGAGGGCAAGAGCAAUUAUUUCAAGGGCUCGAUUCUCAUCCUCUCCUACCUUGUCGUCAUUGUGGGCUUCUUCUUCGCCGGUUACACCGAUGAAGUCACUAUGGAGAUCAACCGGUUCGACACGCUGGCCCUAGGCGGCAACCCUCAGUUCUCACAGACAUUCAAGACUGUUGGAAAGAGCAGAAGUGGGAGAGCCUACUAG